AUGCUUGAAGUUUCAUCAACUGAGAUUAUCUUCGACUUAAAAAAUGAUGUUUAUAUACCUUACAACAUAAGUUUAAAAAAUGUCACAUCACUAUAUAUAGCAUAUAAAGUUUAAGAAAAAACUUAUUUAAUAGAUUAAAUCCACUAAACCAGAACUUUUUUCUGUCAAAUAAAGUAGAGGAUUAAUUUCACCACAUCAAUCUGAAAUUAUUGAAUUCAGCACAACAGAUAGAGCAAAAGUACAUUAUAAAUAAGAAUAUAGGAAGAAUUUAGAUCCAAAGCAUAUCGUCAAUUAAAAAUUCUAAAUUUAUGCUAUUAGUAUUUAAGAGAAGAAAUCAGUAAAAUUAAAUAUAUAAUUAGACUGCUGAAAUUGAUAAUCUAUUUCAAUCUCAAGCAUGUUUUAAUAUUAGAUUAUGUACAAGUGUAUUGAAAGAAGAAUUUGGCAAAAAAAUUCCAAUCUUUGGUAAUAAUUUGGCUUCUAGUCAUACAUCAAUUCUAGUAUGAAAUAAAUUCAAUAUAUUUAAUAGUCAAAUAGUAGAACAGAAUCAUAGCCUAUUUUACAAUCUAUGAUUUAAUCAAAUCCAUUAAAUAAUUAAGUAUAGUGUGUUUAAAGACUCAAAUAAAUUGAAUUAGAUCUAGUAUUAUAUUAUUGAUUAUAAAAUUAGGCAGAAGAAAAAAGAAAGAGAGAAUAAAUAUAUAAUACAAUUGAAAUCUCAAAAUUAAAAAAAGGUUGUUUUUAUAAUUAAUAAAUAGGUUCAUCAUUAUUCAAAUUUAUUUUACCAAUAAUUUUAGGAAUUGUAUUAUCAAAUUUUUACUAAUUGAGUCUUUAAUAUUAUGAAUGA